AUGGCCUCUUAUAUGACCGCCAGCGAGGCAUUCGCUCGCGAGAAACUCGCCCCAAACGUCGAUGUAUCCACAAGCCAGACUGCCUGGGCUGACAAGUACCGAGGGGCUACUGUUGAAGAUCUGGACCCUCCUCCUGCACUCUCCGUCUCUCCCAGCGAUUCCAUUGCCUCCGCCAUGCUCGCAGCAUAUGAGCGCGAUUAUACCCACCUGACAGUCAUCUCAUCGAAUCGGUCUUUACUCGGAUACCUCAGCAUACCGCGACUCAAGGAGUUGCUCAAACAAGGCACUGUCAAGGAAACGGACCCUGUCUCAACUGCCAUGCAGCGCUUUAACCGCAAGCGUGGCACAUAUCAGGUCAUCACAAUGGAGACGCCGUUAGAGGAGCUAGAGCAGUUCUUCGAGAGUGAAACAGGACCCAACGGAGAAAGGAGAGAAAAGCAGCAGUUUGCCGUGGUCACUGAUGCGUCCCGGAAGUUUGUACUCGGGGUUGCAACCAAGGCUGAUUUGGAGGAAUUCGUCAAGAGAAGACCGGCAUAG